UGCUGCGCAGUGGAGCGGGUAUGCAGGUGGCCCUCAUUCAGUGGCUACUGCUCACCGACAGAUGAAGACGAACACACAGUAAAGGUGGUCCAUCAGCGCUCAGACCCAGAUGGUGCCAGAGCUAUGACCAGGCCUGCAGGCGCCACGCCGAGUGGGGGACAGUCAUGGAGCAGCCCCAGGAGGAGGCCCCUGAGGCCCGGGAAGAGGAGAAGGAGGAAGUGGGCACGACGGAAGGAGCCCCAGAGCUCAACGGGGGACCAGAGCACGUGCUUCCUUCCAGCAGCUGCACAGACCUCUCCCAGAAUUCCUGUCCUUCCUCCCUGCUGGACCAGCUGCAGAUAGGCUGUGAUGGGGCCUCAGGUGGCAGCCUCAACAUGGAGUGUCGUGUGUGCGGAGACAAGGCCUCAGGCUUCCACUACGGAGUCCAUGCGUGCGAGGGGUGCAAGGGCUUCUUCCGACGGACAAUCCGCAUGAAGCUUGAGUACGAGAAGUGUGAUCGGAGCUGCAAGAUCCAGAAGAAGAACCGAAACAAGUGCCAGUACUGCCGCUUCCAGAAGUGCCUGGCGCUUGGCAUGUCGCACAACGCCAUCCGCUUCGGACGGAUGCCAGAGGCCGAGAAGAGGAAGUUAGUGGCAGGGCUGACGGCCAGUGAGGGGUGCCCGCAAAACCCGCAGCUGGCCGACCUAAAGGCCUUCUCCAAGCACAUCUACCACGCCUACCUGAAAAACUUCAACAUGACCAAAAAGAAGGCCCGUAGUAUCCUCACCGGCAAGUCCAGCCACAACGCACCCUUUGUCAUCCACGACAUCGAGACACUGUGGCAGGCGGAGAAGGGCCUGGUGUGGAAGCAGCUGGUGAACGGGCUGCCCCCCUACAAGGAGAUCAGUGUGCACGUCUUCUAUCGCUGCCAGUGCACCACGGUGGAGACGGUGCGCGAGCUCACCGAGUUCGCCAAGAGCAUCCCCAACUUCAGCAGCCUCUUCCUCAACGACCAGGUGACUCUCCUCAAGUACGGCGUGCACGAGGCCAUCUUUGCCAUGCUGGCCUCCAUCGUCAACAAAGACGGGCUGCUGGUGGCCAAUGGCAGUGGCUUCGUCACCCAUGAAUUCUUGCGCAGUCUCCGCAAGCCCUUCAGUGACAUCAUUGAGCCCAAGUUUGAGUUUGCCGUCAAAUUCAAUGCACUGGAACUCGACGACAGUGACCUGGCGCUUUUCAUCGCAGCCAUCAUUCUGUGUGGAGACCGUCCAGGCCUCAUGAACGUGCCACAGGUAGAGGCCAUCCAGGACACCAUUCUGCGGGCUCUGGAGGUCCACCUGCAAGUCAACCACCCUGACAGCCCGUACCUCUUCCCCAAGCUGCUGCAGAAGAUGGCGGACCUGAGGCAGCUGGUCACUGAGCAUGCCCAGAUGAUGCAGUGGCUAAAGAAGACAGAGAGCGAAACCUUGCUGCACCCCCUGCUCCAGGAAAUCUACAAGGACAUGUACUGAGGCCGCAGCCAGGCCUCCCACCCUCCCACAGGCUCCAGCUGGGCCCAGCCAUGGGACUGACUGUCCUGAGGACCAGCCCACAAGCACUGGGCACAGCCCAAGCAGCUGGAGCCCAUUCACAACACUCCAGACACUUGGCCCAGACCCUCCCCCUCCCCGCCUCCUGCCCCCUUCUCCCCAGCGCUUCCUGUUCCUGCUGUUUCCCUGCUCUUCCUCCUCCUCCCAGCCUGUCCCCAUGUCUGUCCGAAUCAUGUCAGUAAGGCAGUUGGUGUGCUCACCAUCAGCCCAGAAUAGCACCUCUGCCGUUGCCUCUUUCCGGGAGCAGUGGGGCCUACCCUGGCCUGGUCCUGCCUCAUCUUUGUUUCCCUCUUCAAAGAUUCGAGCCAUCCAAAGAAACACUAAGCUCUGGGCCCAGCUUUCCAAGAAGCUUGGCCUGGCUGACUCUAAGGUCACCAUCCCAAGGUUCCUCCUGCAGAGAAGAGUGGGCACAGAGCCUGGGCCGGGAGCCAGAUUUCUCUCCCAGGCUGUCUCCUCAACCCAGGGCACCCCGCUCCAACUCUGACACACUCUAUUCCUCUUGCCCUGUGCUGCCCCAGGGAUACCCCCUCCAGAUGGGGUCCUGCACUCCCUUUGAAGAGGAGGAUGGUAGAAAUUGGCCAGAAGGAACAGCACACUUAAGUUCUGAUGCCAGGACUUGGGUUUGGGUCCCAGGGUUAGAGAACAGACACCACGCGGGGCAGGCUCUCCAUCAGUACCCCACUGGCCCCCACCCUAUAGCAGCAUUCAGACUGGCAGACCCAGUUCGAGAAAUUGGACGUAGCUGCUCUUUCCUCUACCCAGGAGGCACUGGCACACCUGCCUCCUGCAACUGCCUUGGUGUAACCAUGGCACUGGCUCACCUCUUGGUCACCACAGGGCCCCUCCCCUCCCCAGACAGGUGUCUGGGAGACAGCUGUCCCUAGGGUUAGUGAUCUGUGAGUAGGCAGAGUUGCCAGGGCUUCUCUGACCAGUCCCCCUCACAUUCACACACCUCAGCAGCUCCAUGACCUUCUCUUUUUCGCCUGGCUGGUCACCAGCUUCCAGCUGCAGCUACAAGUGGCCUGGAGCUUGCUGGGUGCUCCCAUCCCCUGCUCAGACCCCUCCAGGCUCUCCUGAGACCAAGAGCUAAGCCCAGCCCAGCAGAGCCCAGGCUCAUCCUGCCCAGGCCCACAGGGAGCCACCAGCCAGGCUCUCAGAAAAGCACUGGAAGCCUGGGCUUCAAGCCCUGAUGUCUUGGAUCCCAUCUGGGUUUUGUCCCCAGGGCCUUAACUGUUUGACCACAGCUCUGGAGGGAAGUGACUUGGAGAGGGGACAGCCAGAUUAUCCCUCCCUGCCCCCGCCCCGCCUCCACUGAUCAGGUCUUGGUGGAGCUGCAAUCCCUGACCCACCCGGUCCCUGUCCCUAUCCCUGUCCCUGCCCAGGUCUGGUGCUGAGGGUGCAGCUCCUCUCAGGGUCUGAAGUCUCCAAAACUGAAAUGUAUAUUUUUGCUAGGAGCGCAGCUUCCUGUGUUUUUAAUAUAAAUAGUGUAUACAGACUGACAGAACUUUAAUAAAUGGUAAUUAAGUAUUUAAGAGUUGA